UUGGCCAAUAAACAAGGCCAAGGACACAUCUUACCACACCAUGUAUAUCUCUUUCACUUUCUCCAAUCUUGCAAGUCCUAUCAGAUUGGAUGAACUUAAAUCACAUAUCCUUCGCCACUCUCUCCCGCCAUACAUGACUUAAGUGUUCUCAACGGUCAAAAACUUGCAAAACAUAAAAAGAAAGAACAGAAAAGACCAGUUGGCUAAUGCCAUCAUGGCUGCCAUGAUUCAGACCACCAUGUUCUCUUCAUCUCCAAGAACUCUGCAGCUCAAUUUUCAUUGCUCUCCCUUUCUAGCCUCUAACCAGAAGCUUUUCUCACGUGGAUUCGUACAGUUUAACUCUAAGUCAUGGAGACAUUCCAUGUUUCUUAGUGCAAAGCCUGCACUUAAAGAUGGAGCUCUUAGUAUCGGUGGCAAGGAUGCGUUAACCAACGUCCCUGAUAACGUAGUUGUGACACCCUUCACUAAUUCAUCUGCAUUUGUUGGGGCUACCUCUACGAUUGAAAGUGCCCGGCAUGUUUUCAAGCUUGGAGUCAUUCGGGAUGUCGGGUUAUUAUCUCUAUUUCGAUUUAAGCUAUGGUGGAUGAUACCGCGAGUUGGUAAUUCAGGAAGUGAUAUUCCUGUUGAAACUCAGAUGUUGCUGCUGGAAGUUAGUAAAGGACAAGAUUCAGUUGAGACUUCUUAUGUUGUAUUCCUGCCAAUAAUAGAUGGUGAAUUCAGGAGUAGCUUACAGGGAAAUUCAUCAAAUGAGCUUGAGUUUUGUGUUGAAAGUGGUGAUCCAGCCAUUGUUACAUCACAAUCUCUAAGAGCAGUUUUUGUGAAUUGUGGAAACCACCCAUUUGAUCUAAUAAAGGAAUCUAUGAAGAUUUUGGAGAAGUAUAAAGGAACCUUUACACAUAGGGAAUCCAAACAGAUGCCCGGAAUGUUAGAUUGGUUUGGUUGGUGUACAUGGGAUGCCUUUUACCAAGAUGUUAAUCCUCAAGGGAUUAGAGAGGGACUUAAAAGUUUGUCUGAGGGAGGCACUCCAGCAAAGUUUAUAAUAAUCGAUGAUGGAUGGCAAGAUGUAGAAAACGAGUUCCAAAAAGAAGGAGAACCAUAUGUUGAUGGGUCGCAAUUUGGUGGGAGAUUGCUUAGCAUCAAGGAAAACAACAAGUUUCGAAGAGCAAGUGAUGAUGCUCAAAGUGAUGCACCAAGUGAUCUCAAGAGUUUUGUUUCAGAAAUUAAGAGUACUUAUGGCCUUAAGUACGUUUUUGUGUGGCAUGCCUUAAUGGGAUACUGGGGAGGACUUGUUCCAGAUGUUCCAGGAACUAAAAAAUAUAACCCAGAGCUAAGAUACCCAGUGCAGUCACCUGGGAAUUUAGCAAACAUGAGGGAUUUAGCAAUGGAUUGCAUGGAGAAGUAUGGAGUUGGCGCUAUUGAUGCUGAUAAAGCAUCCCAGUUUCUUGAUGAUCUACACAAAUAUCUUGUUUCACAGGGUGUGGAUGGAGUAAAAGUUGAUGUUCAGAACAUUUUGGAAACCAUUUCAACUGGUUCUGGUGGUCGAGUCUCACUUACUAAACAGUUCCAACAGGCACUUGAGAAGUCCAUAUCAAGCAAUUUUCAAGACAACAGCAUAAUCUGCUGCAUGGGUCUAAGCACUGACUCCAUUUACCAUUCAAAAGUAAGCGCCAUAACAAGAGCAUCAGAUGAUUACUACCCGAAAAAUCCUUCCACACAGACAUUACACAUAGCUGCUGUAUCAUACAAUAGCAUAUUUCUUGGUGAAGUUGUUGUACCAGAUUGGGACAUGUUCUAUAGUCUCCAUGAAGCAGCUGAGUUUCAUGCUGCUGCUAGAGCUGUGGGAGGAUGUGGAGUCUAUGUUAGUGAUAAACCAGGCCACCAUGAUUUUGAGGUAUUGAAGAGGCUUGUACUUCCUGAUGGAUCAAUCCUCAGAGCAAGAUAUCCAGGGAGGCCAUCACUUGAUUGCUUAUUCAAUGACCCAGUUAUGGAUGGAGAAAGUCUUCUCAAGAUAUGGAACUUGAACAAAUGCACUGGAGUUAUAGGCGUCUUCAAUUGUCAAGGAGCAGGAAGAUGGCCUUGUAUGAGCAAUCCUGUUCAGAAAAAUGUCAGCGCUGAGCUCUCAGGCCUAGUCUCACCUGCUGAUAUAGAGUAUUUUGAAGAAGUUUCAGGUACACAGUGGACUGGAGAUUGUGCAGUCUUUUUCUUCAACUCAGGGUCUCUAUCUCGAGUACCGAAAGAUGAAUCUCUAAGCAUCACCUUGAAAGUUCUACAAUGUGAAGUUCUUACCGUAUCUCCUAUUAAGGUUUACAAUAAGAACAUUCAAUUUGCAGCUAUUGGAUUACUAAACAUGUACAACUCUGGUGGAGCUGUUGAGAAAGUUGACUUCUUCAGUGAUUCCUCUAACUGUGGAAUACAAAUUAAGGGAAGAGGGCCUGGCAGGUUUGGAGCAUACUCUAGUAUAAAGCCCAAGUCUUGCUCAGUAAACUCUAAAACUACUGAGGAGUUCAAGUACAGAAGUGAAGACAAUCUUUUGACAGUAACAAUUCCAAGCACAACCAGUAACUGGGACAUCACUCUUUACUAUUGAGACCCUCUCAUUUUUUCCAGGCAAAGCCUCAACUGUAAGGAAAACUCAGAGAAAAACAAGAACAUGGUUUUGGUUUUUCCAAAAAUGACUUGUGAAGAAAGACCAUAUGAUGAUUUGAUCAUGUGAUAAAAGAGGGUCAGAGACUCACAAGAUAGAUAGCUAGUUACUUUGGUGUUCUCUCUCUGUUGCAGUAAAAAAUGUAUUGUACGGCCUCUCAACUAAUUAACAUGAUUGAUGAAAAGUUGACUCAUUUGAAAAUGCAUAAUGGAAGAUUCAUUCUCAUCAUUGUAAUGUCUGGUAUGAAUAUAAUCAGCUAGUAGAGUAAGGGUAGUUUUGUAUAAGUACAAUCUCUAAGUUGGAGGGCCCUUCUAUGAUUGGCUCUCAGCUAUUGAAAGCCGUAUAUAUUUUUGAAUUUAUACUUU